AUGGCCCAGUUCCUGAUGGUCACGGUAACCCUCGGUUGCAUCAGCCUCCUCUACCUGCUCCCAGGCACGCAGUCUGGCGGCCUGAACAAGGGACUGAAGCUUUCCAGACCCAGAGAACCCCCGGCAAAGAUUCCUUCCAGUGGCCUGCAGCCUGGACACUCUUUACUCCGGCCUGUUGUUUGGAAGCCUCAUCAUGCCCCCCAGCCACAGGGAAGGGGCAACCCGACCCUUGCUAUGGUUCAUCUACUUCAGAGUGCUGGCUCACGACACCCAGGUCCCCAGCGACACUUGGAACCUCGAAGACCCCAUGCCCAGCUUCUGCGAGUGGGCUGUGUCCUGGGCACAUGCCAAGUGCAGAAUCUCAGUCACCGAUUGUGGCAGCUGGUCCGGCCAGCUGGCCGGCGAGACUCGGCUCCUGUGGAUCCCAGCAGCCCCCACAGUUAUGGCUGAGCCAAGACUCCAAGAAGGGGAAAUGGACCGCAAAUGGCAAUCAAGAGGAGAACCAACCGAC